AUGAAGACGGAGUACAAGGCUUGCGGUGGCUGCGCGGAGCAGAUAACCGAUCGUUACAUAUUCGAAGUGAACGGUGGCUCCUGGCACGGGUCCUGCCUGCGGUGCGCCGCUUGCUGCUGUCCGCUGGAACGGCAGGCUUCGUGCUAUCUGCGCGAUGGCGACGUUUACUGCAAAAUGGACUACAUCAAAAAGUUCAAAACGAGCUGCGCCAAGUGUUCGCGGCCCAUUUCGGCCACCGACUGGGUGCGGCGGGCCCGUGAACACGUGUUCCACUUGGCGUGCUUCGCGUGCGACUCCUGCGGCCGGCAGCUUUCGACCGGCGAGCAGUUCGCGAUCUGCGAGGACCGUGUGCUGUGCAAAACCCACUACAUGGAGCUGAUCGACGACGGGACGGGCUCGAGCGAGGACGGCUGCGAUGCGGACGGCAGCGGGAAGAACAAAACGAAGCGUAUCCGGACCACGUUCACCGAGGAGCAGAUCCAGGUGCUGCAGGCCAACUUCCAGAUCGACAGCAACCCGGACGGGCAGGACCUGGAGCGCAUCGCGCUGGCCACGGGGCUCAGCAAAAGGGUGACGCAGGUGUGGUUCCAGAAUUCCCGGGCCCGCCAGAAAAAGCACGUCCAUGUUCCCCGCGCUCAGGAUCUGUUCCAUGGGAUGCGCUCGGAUCUGAACAACAACAACAGUUGCAGCAGCAGCAGCAACACCAGCAGCGACGGAUCGGUCCAUCAUCUGACCAACCUGAAUCUGCCGGAAGACUGUGUCCUGCGCAAGACGCCCAUCUUCAACUCGCACGGCUUCAUCAAUCUCGUGGUGUGA